GGACCAGAAAUUUCACCAAAAUUAUGAGAAUGGAUACAAAUUAAAUUUUUUCCAAGCAUUUCUACCAGUGAUAAUUUUACAGUAUACCAUCACAUUUCAAAAAAGGAGUUUUACGUUGAUUACAUUAAAUAGUUGAUUGUCUUUUAAAGGGCUCGGAUGAUGCCGAGGAACUUCACAUCUGACGACCGUUAUCAAAAUUAUUGGGUAGGAUGAAUUAGGUAUAGUUGGUAUGAUCUUUGUGAGACAAUUAGGUGAAUAGUAGGUGGAUGUGUUACCGACUGAUCAACUAUACUCGCAUAGACGUUCAAUUUUUUAAGUUUCUGAUAUGUAAUCUGUGAAUCCGUGAUGAAUGGAUUAUCUUUGAACGCAAUCGAGACAUUUGUGCAGUACUUCCUAACAUAUGCUUCCGGAUAAGUGUUUGUGUCUGGUAUUGUUGGUACGAGUUUUGUACGACAAAAAAAGAUAAUGUUAAUAGUACAGGUGAAUGUUAUACCGAGUGAACGACAUAAUCGGUCAGACGUUCAAUUUGUCUUUAGUUAUCGUUGGUUUGAAGUUUUCAGUUUGUAAUCGGUGAUCUGAAAUGAAUGGAUAAUCUUUGAACGUAAUCAGUGUGUUGGUUAGUAACUUGUGGUUGCGGAUAAGUGUUUAUGUCCUGGAGUUAAUUGAAUUAGUUAUUUAACGUUAUUCGUGUUAUGCGAUUAUUGACAGCGUUUAGUAGGUUUGGAUUUUUCAAUAAUAUCAAACCCACUUUGCUGUAUAGGAGUUGUUUACACGCUAGGACCAUGGUCAAAUUUUUAGGGCAAAAGGAAGCCAUGAACAUCGAUAUAGAGUUGUUCAAUGAAUAUAAAUUUAGCGUGGACCAAUUAAUGGAGCUCGCGGGUCUAAGUUGUGCUGUGACUAUUGCAAAGUGUUACCCAUCUGAUCUAAAAGGUGACAACGUUCUUGUGAUUUGUGGGCCUGGAAAUAAUGGAGGUGAUGGGCUUGUUUGUGCUAGACAUCUGAAGUUGUUUGGAUAUUGCCCAUCUAUAUAUUAUCCAAAACGUACUGAGAAACCUAUAUAUCAAAAUUUGACUACACAGUGUCAGGCAAUGAGUAUACCAUUUUUGGAAGACAUACCAAAUGCAGAGGCAUUGAGCAAAAACUGUUCACUUAUAGUGGAUGCUUUAUUUGGAUUUAGUUUCAGGCCUCCUAUGAGGCCAGAAUUUGUUUCUGUUGUGGAUACAAUAAAGAAGAGUGGAGUCCCACUUUGCAGUGUUGACAUACCAAGUGGAUGGGAUGUAGAAGAUGGUCCUCCUGAAUGUGGAGGUCUUGAACCAGAUUUGCUUAUCUCUCUUACAGCUCCCAAGAAAUGUGCUGAAAAGUUCAGAGGAAGAUUCCACUAUCUUGGAGGACGUUUCGUUCCUCCUGCUUUGGAAAAAAAGUAUGGUCUUGAACUGCCUAAGUAUCCAGGUACAGAAGUUUGUGUGAAACUGUGAAUGGUACAUGCUGUGCAGAAGUGAAUAAUUAAUUAAUGCUUUUUGUAAAGAUGGUAGUAAUAUGUACUACACUGCAUACAUUGUUUCGUGCAAUGGAAUGCUUCAGAAAACUGUGGUUAUAUUGCAUUAUGAAAUUAAAGAUUUAAAAUGCUGUAAUUUGUAAGUUUCAGGAGUCAUUAAUUUUAAUGGGUGCUUGAAUCUUGCUUCUAAAAUGAUAGUUGUAUUGGCAUUGAAGGUUGUGUUUUGAAUUAAUGUGUCUUUACUGUGUAUGGUGUGAUCCAUUAGUGAAUUAAUUAAUUUUAACGUGCAUUACUUUAUGUUACACCGAGUUUGAUGUGAUCACUGUCAGUUAUAGAGAAUGGAGUGAGAGAAUUUUUAAGUAAUUUCACAGAUUAAUGUUUAAUGCUUAUUUAUUUAAUACCCGAAAAACAGUUUGGCACUAAAAUGAUAUGUAUGUUAUAUAGUAAUGUCAACGGAGUUUAACAAACAUAAUUUAUGCAUAUGUUUUAUCAUUAUCGCAUUUUAUAAAGAAAAUUCUCAAGAACAGUGUCACCUAGUACAGUUCCAGUUAUGUAUAGCUAAUAUUUUCAUGUUUGGUAAGAACUGGCUCUAGGAUUAUCAGUGUGUGGAAAUACUGAACUGUCAUCAUCAUUACAAAGUAUAACAUAGGGUAAUAAAUAAUAAGUAAAAUGUCAAAUAUAAAGAGGUGUGUUAGGUACUCUAUAUGGUUCAAUUUGUUUAAUUACACUUUCUUAAUCACCUAGGAUGUAUGGUGGUGAAUGGACGGAUGGCCAAGAGUGUUGAAUUGGGAAACAAGUAGCCUUGUCCAGUUUUUCAUGAUGUAAACAGUGUACAAUACUGAAUGAUCUGUAAAUCAUGACCCAAGUGUCAGAGUGCUUGUUCUGUUUGUAUCUUGUCUUUAGGCACAUCACGAAAUUGAAGGGCAAUUAAAAGGUGGCUGUCUUCUG